UAUCUUCCUUGAUUAGUUUUGUAAGCUCUUCAUCAGCGAUGGAGUACUCGACGAAGCUAGUGCUGCUGCUCGUAGCUCUCAUGUCGGCCAUGGCGGUCACGGCCCAAAACUCGGAGCAGGACUUCGUGGACGCCCACAACGCGGCGCGCGCCGACGUGGGCCUUGGUGAGGUGACGUGGGACGCUACGGUGGCAGCCUUCGCGCAGGACUACGCGGAUCAGCGCCGCGGCGACUGCCAGCUGAUCCAUACUCCUCAUGGCCGGCCGUACGGGGAGAACCUCUACGGAGGCGGCGGGACCGAGUGGACGGCGACGGACGCCGUGAAUUCGUGGGUGUCGGAGAAGCAGUACUACGACCACGACAGCAACACCUGCUCGGCGCCCGAGGGUGAGUCGUGCGGGCACUACACGCAGGUGGUGUGGCGCGACUCGACGGCCAUCGGCUGCGCCCGCGUCGUCUGCGACAGCGGCGACGGUGUGUUCAUCAUCUGCAGCUACAACCCGCCAGGCAACUUCCCCGGGGUGAGCCCAUACUAGGCUAUAUGCAUCAUGCAUGCAUGCGAGCGUGCAUGUACGUACGGCGU